AGCGAACCGAUUCAGUCAUGCGUAAACACUCGAAACAAUCGAAAGGAGGCCAUUUGAAGUGACGUAGAUAUAGUGUGGCAUCCGAACGAAAAGUACUCUAAACUGUGAUAUUAUAUCGGCGCAAUGAUUCGCUCAACGUCGGAAGAAUCGGACCGUGACGCCGCGACGGAGAUGCGCUCCCACAUCCGAUACCACCCGCUCAAGUCGCGCUCGAAAGCUUUCGUGCUGGCCAGUGCGGUGUUCUCGAAUACCUUCAUCCGCAAGUAUGGCAUUUUCAGUGUGAUUCUGUGCCUGGGGCUGGGCUAUCUGUUCUACACCCGGGUUCUGUACCAACAAUAUAUUUACCAAACCCUGCCUCUCUACCAAAAAAGCAUUCGAUUGCGAUUGGGACACUCGGAAAACUUCAGUAAUCAGAUAGAUCGUUGGAAACCUAUUGGUAAUCAAUCGGAUCGCCUUCAAAUCUUUUCAGCGUUUUUCGAUCCCCGAUUGGAGAUUGUUCAUAAUUUUAGAGUUACUGAUGGAACAUUGCCAUUCGGAAGCGUACGAAUAUUCAGCAUUCUUCCAUUGAGAAUCAGACGCCAGGAAGUCUACUGUCACUUCAAGUAUGCAAGCAACAGAACAGUAUGGCAUCGAGCCGACCAGGUGGAGUCUAUCCAUGAAAAUUUCGGAAUGGAAUUUUCCGCUUCGUAUGUGGUAUGCAAACUGGUCGGCAAUAAACACCAGGUUGAUAUUGAGGUACCGGUAGAAGUUGGAAUAACCUACGGUCCGGAGGAGACUAUGGUGCAGCCAACUAGUUUCGUUGGGAUACACUAUCCCAGCCGGCAUCAGGGCUUUCUGCUGCGGACGCCCCCCAGCCGGAAGUUGGCCAUCUGCGUCGGCCCGGCCCAUCACAAUUACAGCAAUGCGGCGCGAAUCGUCGAGUUCGUCGAGUACUGGAAACUGCUCGGGGCAGAACGAUUCUACUUCUACAAUAAAUCCAUCACCGCCGAAGUGGACCGGGUGAUGAGUUACUAUCGGGAGCGAAACGUGGCCGAGGUGCUUCAGUGGAAUCUGGAGGGAUAUGAAUUUGAACAGGAGCUGCGCUACGAAGGGAUUUUCGCUGCCCUAAACGACUGUCUGUACCGGGCGACGCUGGUGGGAGAUUUCCACUACACAGCUCUGGUGGAUUUUGACGAAUUUCUACUGCCGCUGUUUUUGCCGACCAACGCCACCACAGUCGAGGAAACACUGGUCCAGUAUCUGGAUCGCCGGGGGCGUUUCGAUGUCCAUUCGUUCAACUUCGAGACGGUAUUCUUCUACGGGUUUUACGAGGAGGAUUACUCGCAGCUUCCCGAAUGGGGAAAUAAUACCUAUCUGUACACGCAAGUUAGGACGCUCAGGACCAAGAAGCCACUGAUGCACCACAAUCGAAGCAAAUAUGUGGCGGUUGGGAGAAAUGUAAUCGAGGCAGGAAAUCAUUUCGUGUGGCAGGCGAUGAAAGACACCAGCGAACUACGCGUCCCGGAGGCAGAAGGUCUGCUGUUCCACUAUCGGGAACUCUGCAUAGGCUACGGCUGCGAAACGUUCGUGGAAGAUGCACGUGCUCGUCGUUUUUCCAAUGAAAUUUACCACUCCGUUAACACCGUUUGUAAACGACUGUUCCCCGAAACGGCCGGUAUCUGUCCGUUGGGGAGCGAAUAACCUUCUGUCUGUGUAAUUUUUCAUUUUGAAAAGAUAAUUCAAUUUACAAGGUUUUACUAAAAAAUGUGUAAGAAAAAUAAAAGAGGAGAGAAUUUUUACGUGCCAUAAAA